GGAUUGAACAGACAACAGCUGAGAAGUCUGGGGAUGAUGAUGAUGGCGGAGUUGGUGCAGGGACAGGCCGUGGCUCAGCCCGGAAUGAAAGCUGACGGCUUCGCCGACGCUUUACAUCGGGCUAGACAGAUGGCAGUAAAAAUGGGGAGUGAUCAGAUGUCCCACCUAAACAGUUCACCCCCUGGUGUGGACCCAUCCAUGUAUGGCUACGGGGGCCAAAAGCGUCCGGUGGAAGACGGAGUGGGUAACCAGCUAGGAGCUAUGGUACAUCAAAGGGCUGUUAUGACAGAAGACUUUAAAGUGCCUGACAGAAUGGUUGGAUUCAUCAUUGGCAGAGGAGGGGAACAAAUUACAAGAAUCCAGUUGGAGUCUGGGUGCAAGAUUCAAAUUGCAUCAGAGAGCGGCGGCAUGAUGGACAGAGCCUGCUCCCUCACUGGAACCCCAGAAAGCAUUGAGCAGGCCAAGAGAAUGCUUGGGCAAAUUGUGGACCGCUGUAGGAAUGGCCCUGGGUUUCACAACGAGACAGAAGGCAAUAGCUCAGUCCAGGAGAUGCUCAUCCCAGCCAGCAAAGUAGGCCUUGUCAUCGGGAGGGGUGGGGAUACCAUUAAACAACUGCAGGAGAGAAUAGGAGUGAAGAUGAUGAUGAUUCAAGAUGGCCCCAUGCCCACCGGGGCGGACAAACCCCUAAGAAUCACCGGGGAUCCUUACAAAGUCCAGCAAGCGCGGGAGUUGGUGAUUGAGAUCAUCCGUGACAAAGACCAGGGAGACUUCCGCAGCGGCCGAAAUGACUUUGCAUCACGAUUGGGCGGAAGCACUUUGGAUGUGGCUGUGCCGCGAUUUGCUGUGGGGAUUGUCAUCGGCAGGAGUGGGGAGAUGAUCAAGAAGAUCCAGGGGGAUUCUGGAGUGAGGAUCCAAUUUAAACCAGAUGACGGCAUCAGCCCUGAGCGCAUUGCCCAAGUGAUGGGACAACCAGACCGAUGUCAGCACGCUGUCCAUCUCAUCAACGACCUCAUCCAAACAGCACAGGAGCGUGAUGGCUUCGGGGGCUCCGGAGGACCAAGAGGAAGGGGAAGAGGCCGCGGAGACUGGGGCAUGGGCUCCCCUGGGGGUUUGCAGGAGGUCACCUACACGAUACCGGCUGACAAGUGUGGCUUAGUAAUCGGCAAAGGCGGAGAUACCAUCAAGAACAUCAACCAGCAGUCUGGAGCCCAUGUGGAACUGCAGAGGAACCCCCCUCCCAACACCGACCCCAAUGUUCGUAUCUUCUCUAUCCGAGGCACCCCGCAGCAGAUGGAGCUAGCGCGCCAGCUCAUUGACGAUAAGAUCGGAGGCUCAGGAAUAGUAAGCAAUGGUGGCUUUGGCUUUAGCCCUUUCACUCAAGGCCCUGCAACUCAUCAAAAUUGUGGCAGUGGAGCCCAAACCUUUAUGACCGGAGGUUGGGGGACUGCCUAUCAAACAUGGCAGCCUCAAGGACAGCAGGAUCCUAGUCACAACGGAUCCCAGGCUGGCCAGAUGGACUACUCUAAGGCAUGGGAGCAGUAUUAUAAAAAGCUAGGUCAGACAACUCCGCAGCAGAGCUCACUCCCUGAGUACAGUGCAGCUGUGGCAGAGUAUUACAGGCAGCAAGGAGCAUACCUCUGGCCGGGUGCACAGUCAACCCAGGGCCCAGGUCUUCAGGAGCAUUAGAGUUGACACCCAUCUAAUGAAGAUUUUGGAAUCAUUGAGACGAAAACAGAACUAUUAACAGUACUAUUGAGGUUUCUAAAAUAUAUUUUCAACACUUUGCGGCUUACCUUUCCUUUUUUGUAAUGCACUCGCUGUAGAAUAAUUUAAAAUAACAAUGAAUCAAGUUUUUUUUGUUUUUUUUUGUUUGUUUUUUAACUGAUAUUUUACUGGGCAAUUUUGGGAUACACUCUGGUCUUGAGAAUAACUUUUUUUAUCAGACUUGAACUUAAUGUGCCGUGGCUUUGAACAAAAUGCAGUAUAAUCUAUUUUGUUUAGUAUUUUUUGCAAUAAAAUGGUAUUGGCUUAGCAGUCUUGAGGACUGAGUUUAAUGACAGUUUUUUUUUGUUUUUGUGAAAGAUAAUGUUUUAAGCAUGUGUUUGGCUCUGUGAUUUGUGUUUUUAUGUAGAACACUUUUAAUGUUGAGCGAUUGAAAUUUAAUGUAUUAUUGUUGAAAAAAGGUUUUCUUUUGUACUAAAUUCUUGGUAUGGUGUCAGUAAUUUCUUAUUUAAUCUUGUUAUUCUGUGUCAUUGUCUUUUUGUUUAGUUUUCUGUUCAGGGAGGUGCAAUAUCUCAUUUCGGUUUUGAGACAAUUAUGUUGGCAAAUAUUAGUUCUUAUUCCUAUAUUAGAAAUCUUAGUUUUAAGCCUAUGUGUAAUAAAUGCUUUUCAAAAUGAUCUGAGUGGGGAUAUUAUUAUGAGUUUGAUUUAAUCUUGUUAUGUAUGUAUCCUCCUGUACAUGGGUAUUUAAGUAUAUUUGUUGAAUAAGAAUUAUUUGUGUACAUUUCAAAUGAAUGCUCUCCCAAUUUUAUGUAUUCACUGCUCAAAUAUGAUAAAUGUUAUUUCGAAAUUUGAUGUUGCAUCUCUCACCAAGUGCAAAUGUAUACCCAGUAUAUGUGUUCUGUGCUCAAGAUUGCUAAGCCUCUGUUUCAUUCUGUUUAAAAUGCUUGUUUUUGUGUGGCAAAUGUGUUUUUUUGGUACCCCCUUUCCUUCCACAUCCCAACCAGUACACUCUGUUACUCGCGAACAUUGUCUUUGUGUGAGCAAGAAUGUAUGCUAUGAUUUGUUACAUGAUUACAUGAUCUGCUAUAUUUUCUAAUGACAAGACAUACUGUAACCUCAGAUUUUUAGGAAAUUUUUCUCAUGUGCACAGAUAACCAUGUAUUUAAAAGUCAAGUAAAUGUUUUGUUUCUGGGGCAGUUGAUACCAUUUGGGCUAUUGUAAAGCACAUUCCUGUUUUGAAAUGUUUGCUGCCUUUUCAAUGGCAAAUUAGCUUCACUGCAGAGUUACCCAGAGAGCCAUAUCACUGGACUAACAAGUUCAUUUUUCUGUAGCAUACAGUGGGAUUUAGAUACCUUAAGUGUAAAGUUUUAUAUGCCAUAAACAUGAAUAGAGGCAAUAUAUAUAUUCUCACUAGUUCAUUUCUAUUCUUUCUUUACUGUUUGACUCAAAGUAAUUUGCCACAAUUGCUUUUGUGGUGAAAAUAUAGAAUCUUUAUUUUUGUACUGUUAAAAAGUUAACUGCACCGGUCUGAAGUAUAAUGAUUUGUCAAUCUCCCUACCAGUUUUGCUGUGUACCCUGCUUCAAUUAAAAUCUAAACUAAAAGAUUAA